UGCAUUAUCUCGAAAGGGUUAUUAAAGAAACUCUCCGACGAUACUCAAGUGUACCUGGUGUAUCAAGACAAUUAACUGAGGAUGUGAAACUCGGUAAUUAUACAGUACCUAAGGGUUGUAUAGUGAGCCUGAAUAUUUCUCAGAUGCAUACCGAUCCAGAAGUAUGGAAAGAUCCUCUGACCUUUGACCCUGAUCGUUUUCUACCAGAGAACUUGAAGAAUCAUCAUCCAUACGCCUUCGUUCCAUUUAGUGCAGGACCGCGAAAUUGCAUUGGACAGAAAUACGCCAUGCUGGAAGCAAAAAUUAUCCUCGCGACUGUUUUCCGAAAAUGGAGAGUCAAGAGUCUACUGAAGUAUAGUGAGAUGAAGGUGAUCCACAAGUUCAUAAUGAAACCGGUUUGCGGAAUUAAUUUAUAUUUCACACCAAAAUAAAUUGCAAGUAAUAAUGUUACUGCAAUUGUUUAUCAUACUGUUAUUGUAUUGUAAAUUUAACGAUAUAUUUUAAAUCCAUGUUACGUGUAUUGCGACACGUUAGAGAUAUCAUAUCGAAACCAUUCUGUCAAAUUAUCUCGCACUUUAUCAAAGUAUCGAACACUCUAUGCUCUUUACGUUUUAUUUUUUACAUUAAACUUGUAUUUACCGUUGAUACGCAUAGUGUAUUGCAUACGGAGGUGACAUGUAGGAUGCCACCUUAAUAGUGCACAUAUGUAAACUACUCUUUGAUUAUUCGACUAACAAUGACAAGCACUUUUUUUGUACAUGUCUUCGACUUAUAAUUAACGAUCACGGCAGAUUAAAUAUGAUGAUAACGUUGGAUAUACCGGCGAGUGAUGUACGUACAAAGGAACCUUGAAAAAACAUCACGUUAUAUAAUAUCGUGAAACGGAAGUAUGGCGCUGUGAUAGAAAAGUCCUUUCGUCACUGAAAUAUAGUCAUAUGUAGGCUCA